AUGAAGAACUUGCCGCUGAUGGAGGCGGAGGCGCGCUGGAAGCGCUUCUGCCUGAAGGAGCUGCGCGGCAUCCAGAAGCUCAAGCGCAGGAGCCGGCCGGGGUUGCUGCUGCGCGGCGGCGGCGUCGGGGGGCAGCAGCCGGGGGUCUCGGAGCACGUGCGCCCGGCCGGGGCUGCGCGCCCCCCGGGCUUCGGCGAGGGAGCCUUCCCGGGGCUGCGCUGCCCAGGCGCCCCCUUCCCGGAGGAGGAGGAGGAGGAGGAGGAAGAGGCGCCGUCGUCCGGGGGGCCCCCCGAGAGCAUCUUGGCGCCCCUCCCUUGCCGGGGGCUGUACGGCGGGCCCGGCGGCCACCCCGAGGGCUCCGCGGCUUCGCCUCGCAGGCGGCCCAGCGACCCGGCCGGCGGUGGAGGAGGCGGCGGCGGCCCGGAGAUCAAAGCGCUGCAGCAGACCCGGCGCCUGCUGGCCAACGCCCGCGAGCGGACCCGGGUGCACACCAUCAGCGCCGCCUUCGAGGCGCUCCGCAAGCAGGUUCCCUGUUAUUCCUACGGACAGAAGCUCUCCAAGCUGGCCAUCCUGAGGAUAGCCUGUAACUAUAUCCUCUCCUUGGCCAGACUGGCAGACCUGGAUUACAGCGCCGACCACAGCAACCUGAGCUUCUCCGAGUGCGUGGAGCAGUGCACCAGGACCCUGCAGGCCGAAGGCCGGUCUAAAAAGAGGAAGGAAUGA